CUUCACCUCCACCCUGCUCAUAAAGCAGAUUGUGAGCUACUGUAAAGACACACAGUAAAAAAGAAAAUAGAGCUUCUUUCGUGGUAAGGACCACUUGGAAACAGGAUGGGUCAGGCAUCCAUAAGGGCAGGUUUAGUUGCACUGAUAUUUUUCCAGAGUGUUUCCACCUAUAAACUUGUUUGUUACUUCACCAACUGGUCCCAGUAUCGACAACAGGGUGGGCGUUUUGUCCCUGAAUCCAUUGAUGCCAAUCUUUGCACCCAUAUCAUCUAUGCCUUUGCCAACGUAAGCAGUGGCCAGAUAAAUCGUGCCGAAUGGAAUGAUGACACUACUUAUGAGCCCCUUAAUCAUCUCAAAACCAUAAAUCCCCACUUGAAGAUCCUUCUCUCUGCUGGUGGAUAUGGCGAGGGCUCCAAACCCUUUAGUAAGAUAGCUGCAUCUCCUGUCAGACGCUUAAACUUCGUUAACUCAGUGGUGCGUUACCUUCGGGAAAACAGUUUUGAUGGCUUCGAUCUUGACUGGGUCUCUCCAGAAGAAGGAGAUAAGAAGCGUUUGGUUAACCUGGUUAAGGACCUGUCUACACAAUUCAAAAGAGAGGGUGCGAAAGGAAGUAAUGAAAAACUCAUUCUGAGUGUUGCAGUACAAGCUGGAAGGGAAGCCAUUGACAAGGGCUAUGAUAUAAAGGCAAUCUCAGAGUCUGCAGAUUUCAUUAAUUUCUUAUCUUAUGAUUUUCAUGGUUCCUGGGAAGAUGCAACUGGCCACGGAAGCCCCCUUUACAAGGGCAAAAAUGACUUUGGAUCUUCAUCGUAUUAUAAUGUUGACUAUUCUGUGAAAUAUCUGAAGAGAAAAGGUGCAGCUGCUGAGAAAAUUAUGAUGGGCAUCCCAACCUUUGGGCGGACUUUUACACUUGCUUCCAGACACACUGGGGUUGGAGCCAUGGUCUCUGGUCCUGGAACACCUGGAGCUAUCACACGGGAAGCAGGAAUGCUGUCCUAUUAUGAGAUCUGUGAGUUUAAUCAUGGUGCCAAGAAGGAAAGAAUUGAUGAGCAGGCAGUCCCCUACUCUCACAAAGGGAAUCAGUGGGUAGGAUAUGAAGAUAUAACAAGUGUUCGGGGCAAGGUUCAAUAUAUGAAGGCAAACAAUUUGGGAGGCAUCAUGAUUUGGGCACUUGACUUAGAUGAUUUUUCAGGUUCUGCCUGUAACGAAGGAAACUAUCCACUAACUGCAGUUGUGAAAGAAGAGCUGAAUAAAAAGAACUGAAGAAUUGUAACCACAGCAUAAUAUAUCAAGAGAUCACCGAAGGCAACAUGAUACAUCUGCUCCCCU